AUGGUGGCUCGAAAGAGAGGCCAUGAGGAGAUCGACGCCUCAGAGCAUGCCUCGACCCCUCCCACCCUUCUUGAAAGACUCCGAAGUACCUGGGAAUUCGCAAAUCUCAUGCAAUACAUAUAUAUUUUCGGCAAGGCUGUCAAAAUUGAUGAGAAUCUUGACAUCGAGGACCUUGAGCGAGAAUGCUGCAUGCUUGAACCCUCGAAAGUUCUGUCAGAUAUUGGCCUUGCGCUUCUCAAGUAUGUCUCGUCGCAUCGAGGAUUGACACCCGAGAUCUUUGAUGAGUACACCCGGCGUCAAUACGUUGCAAAAGCGCCGCAGAGGAACCCCUUUGGCGAGGAUGAAGAGCCGAAACACUUUGUCGACUUUGAUGUGUUCACGAAACUCAAGGUUCUUGUACAGCUCUCACAGUGGACUCUGAACAAUGCAGAGAGAAUCAGAGAGAAAAUGGACGAGAGGGGCGAAAACGAGCAGUCAAUGGCUUGGCGCAUAAAUGAAAUAGGGUAUGAUCGCCAUGACCGUUAUUACUUUGUCCUUGACGAUAACCGCUUGUACCGCCGCACCGAACCACCACUAUCAUCUCCGCCAGACCCUAAGCCAAAGGUGAAGUCGAAGAAGGCCAAAGCAGCUGCACGAGCUUCUAAGCGCCGAAAAAUCAGAGAAGCAGAAGAGUCAGCCAAUGAUGCCGAUAUUGAGACUCCUCAGCCAGAUGAUGACACCCAAGACACGGAACAUCGUGAGAGCGCCGACGGGUUUGGUGGACGGACGUGGGAAUGUGUUGCUAUAUCAAUGAGUGAGUAUCAGGUAUUUUUGAGCUCUAUCGAGAAAAGUAGAGACGCGGAUGAGAAGGCCUUGUACAAGACCAUAACGGGAGAUGUGAUGCCAAUUAUUGAGCAGGCUGAAGCUUCACAACUACGUAAGAAGCAGAAACAGGAACGAGAAGUAGUGAAUAUGCACAAGCUAGCCACGGCCAAACGCUCUAGCAGGCUCGAAGCCAAAACAGAAAAAGAGCGGCAAGAACGAGAAGCUGUGGAAACUGAGCAGAAGCGAAAAGAGGGGAUUGCCGAAGCGGAAGCGUAUCAGAGGAGACAAGAAAGGAUGGAGCAAGACCGAGAAUCUCGAAUGUUGACCCGCGAGCAACGUCUCAAGGAGCGCGAAAUGAAGCGUAUUUUGAAUGAACAAGACCUCGCCCGCAUGUCAGAAGAGGAGAAAAAGGUAGAUGCUGGCGAGUCUAGAAUGUCUGAACGGCAUCUCAAAGUGGAAAUGGAAAAGAAGAAGAAGGAGCUGGCUGCGUUGGAAGAGUUCGACGAAUGGACAUUUGACUGCUCAAAAUGUGGUCAGCACGGACCGAACUGGGUUCGGCUCCUGCGUCCUUUCUAUGGCAUCUCUCAAGCCGAAGCUGAAAGGGACGACUUCCGUUUCGUCUGUCUUGACUGCACGCGACGAGAAGAAGAUGCGAAAAGGCCCAAGAUACCAAGCCUUAAAUUUCGCCUUGGUCAUUCCCUUUCGCCUCCUGAUCAGAAGCCUAAGGUAGCCAUCCCACAGCCCGCUCAAGUGAGAAAGCCCAAUCUCGCUGCAGAUGACGGGCAAUCUCAGGAUGCAAAACGACUCAAGCAAUUAGAGUCUGCAGAUCCGGUCUUCCUUGGUCCAAGUGCAAGCCCUCUAAACAGCACAACCAAUGGUAUACAUAAGCCGGUCAUGAACGGUUACACAACAAAUCGUCAAGCAUUGUCAACAGACAAACAAAAGUCACCACGCGUGCCAGCACCAAUUCAACCGUAUCCUCCAAAAUUUGCUCGACCUUCUCCUCCUAAUCAAUACAAUCAUUCUCAUAAUGGUCUCAACGGCGUUAAAGGACCAGCUCCUAACCAGUCGUUUCAACCACCGCCAUUCCUGACAAACGGCUAUCGUCCAGCUACACAUACUCCCCGCCCGAAUAGUUACCAAGCUUACCAGUCAUAUGCAAUUCCACAGAACACCUUCCAACCCUCGGCGACGACCCAGCAGUCCCAACAGCAACCUGGCUGGUCUCCCCAAUACGUGCCGCCUCGACCACAGCAAAUCUCUCCCUCGUCCCAUAUUCAAGCGCCGCCCGGUCCCAGUUCUCCAUCGAAGCCUCCCGAUCAGACACGCCCGCCACCUUCACACAACAUGCCUUCCGUACAAGCCCAAAGUCAUUCACUGCCUUCGCCUCUACAAAACGCCCCAUCUCUUUCACCGCCGCAAUACAAGACACCGAAUCAGAGUUUCAACUACAGUGCUCUGUCUUCCACGCCACCACAGCUGGAUGGCACUGUUCCGAAUAACACUGGGGUCUAUGAACCAGUUGGUCCGCCCUCCCAAUCUCCAGUCAAACAAGCUUCCCCACCAGCUGUACAGCCUGUGAAAGCAACCCCGCUAUCCUCAAGCCCAAUUGGUCAUCAGCCAGCGCUCCGGCCCAAUGGUCCCGUCAGUCCCGGGUAUUCUCCCGUGAAAAAUGCUUCUCCUCAACAGCGGCCAUUGCCUCCAAGCCAUGGCGUGCCACUCGAAGCUUCAGCAUUAGUUCUAGCAACUAAGCUAGCUCCGAGUCCUUUGCAGCAGCAUGUAGGUGGAGAAUUAAGGAGUUCGAUCUCACUACCCGAGAAUAUCGAGGCGCACAGACCCGAGCAGCAGAUGGACUAG